AUGGCUUCUAAUAGAAUCAUUCAUCUUAUUCUGUUCGUUUUGUUACUGACUUUGAGUUGCAUCGUCUCCGAAGCUAUACCUAAUGCUAAAGUGGCAGAUAAAAGUGUUCAAAAGGGUCCAGUUUCGGGGAAAAAUGUGGCAAAACCAGCAGAUAUUAGCAACUUACCAUCGACGACCCCCACUGCCUCCAUUAAUAACCCUGGUAAUAAAUCAGCAGAAGUCAUUAAUAGCGAAACAGCUAGUUAUACUUCCAAUAUCUUAACUGCUACUACUUAUUUAAGUACUGCUACUGAUAGUACUUUAAUUCCAAAAAAAAAUGCAGCUGCAAACUCUCAGGAUAUAUCAUCACCUACAACUAUCGUGCAAGAUACAACACUGAAUGGAUCAUCACAACCGACUACAACACCUACGGGACAACCAAUAGUAAAUGCAUCACGACCAGCGCAAACAACACAAGCAACUUCUACACCACCAACAUUUCAAGCAGCUGUACUGCCACCAACACAAUCUUCAGUAACAGUACAACCUUCAACACAAUCUUCAGCAAAACCUCCAGUACAACCUCCAGCAAAAUCUUCAUCACAAGCGCAACCAGAUUCAACAUCGCAAAAAGAUUCAACAUCACAAAAAGCAUCAAGUAAAACCAAAGGAAAUAAUGACAAUAGUGAUUCCGGAAGUGGUACAGAUAAUAAUCAAGGUCCAGAAAUUGUAUACGCAACUGGUAAAAAAGUUACUAGUUUGGAGGAUUCAACUUCUGGUGCAUCUACUGUGAUCAUGACUAGGAGGAAAGAUUAUUAUUCUGGUCUCAUGGCAGCCUUAUCUAUGGUUGUUAUUAGUUCUGUUUUAAUAAUCUAG